UUGCCUAUAUUACACCCACGUGUAGACUUUUUGUAGCGCAUGCGUCGCAAAUGUCAGUUAGUCACUUGUACACACAAAGAACAAUCGCAAACAGUAGCAGGAAACGCGCUGGUAUCAGUUCAGUAUGAAACUACCGGUGGUUGUGACCAGGUUGUCCUCGGUGAUCAUCUGCGCUUGUAUCAAAUGAUCGUCGCGCCGAGAUAAAUUGUGAACCCCGCGAAAUAAUGUCCAUCUACUGUGAUUAGCAUUCAUUAUUAUCAUCAUAAUGGCAACGAAGAUCUACAGCCGGUUAAUGCGUUCGGCAGUAAGUCGAUCAGCAGUGCGUGAUAGUUUUGCGAAUCUUCACAUUCAUCAGAAUCGCAUCGGUUGCGGUUUUGCCGCCGGAGUAAAACCAUCUGUACGACACCUUGGAAUAACCGGCGUGUUACAAGGAAGCGGAGGACAUGCAGAGACGACGAGUACGACUGUAGGAUUAAAUAAGCUGCAGGCGCAAGAAUUAGUCCUGCGGCUUACCGGCGAAGAGAGGAUUAUGCUCAUCGCUGCUCUGCAGGAAUACGAGUCGAAACUUGUGAAAGAAGAAUUCGCAGGUCAGCUGGCUGCGUCCCGAUGGAGGAGCAAAUACGGCCGGCCGAGUAAAGUGCCGCGUUUAGGAGACGUCGAUCCCACCGGAUCUUAUUGCUCGAUACCGGAGGACUGGCUCCAACGGAAGCAGGCUGAAUCAGUGCCGCCUCCGACAACUUCUCAAUUAAUAGACAUUGCCGUCGCCAACUCGAUUCCCUUCGUCGGUUUUGGCUUUCUGGAUAACUUCUUCAUGCUCUUGUUUGGUGAUUAUAUCGACAUGUACCUUGGUUCCUACUUUUGUUUGACAACAAUGGCUGCCGCUGCUCUGGGUAACACAUUUUCUGACGUCCUGGGCAUUGGUACAGCUUUCUACGUGGAACGUCUUGCAAACAAGAUUGGUUUCAAUCCGCCCAAACUCAGCCCGAUGCAAAUGGACAUGCCUCGGUCACGAAACUUUGCCAACCUGGGGCGGGUGCUGGGUGUUACCAUCGGCUGUCUUCUCGGCAUGUUUCCGCUUAUUUUCCGUAAAGGAAAGACCAAAGAAGAUGAUAAAGAAGGUUGCACACCUUCUAAGGACACAAUCGUUGACGCUAAAUAGAAUUAAGGCUUAGUAUUAGUGAAUUCAUCGAAAUUCGAUACAAAAAAGGAAGUUUUACCUAAAAUAAUUAAGUUCCUUUUAUGGUCAGCGCGCUAAUACUGUUAAACUCAACGCAUCAAUCAAAAAGGCUAGGCUCAAACAAUGCACGACUGGUUAUUCUCGCAACCAGGUCAAAUAGGCACAAUCACAAUCAAUUCGGUUUAGUAGACGCAACGAGAUAAUCGAUAGUUAGGCGAUAGGUAAUAUUAGGCUGUUGGUAGGCGAUAAAUAUAAUUAAAUACUUCGAAAAAUGCGUUUGCGCAAUUACUAGCUAACAAGUUUAACCCCCGAAAAGCCUAACGAUUUAAAAGUUCGAAUUGCGAACGACUGCCACUAUUAAUUACUUAAUAAAUUAAUAAUUCUAGACAUUAGGAUAUUCUCUAGGCCUUGGAACGCUUCGCCACCAAAGAUUUGUAGUCUUUUUGUUUAGAAUUUACGGUUUUGUUAUUUAUUUGAUUGAUUUAAUAACUUUUAUUGUUGGAUUUUUACUGUUUGAGGUUAAAGUUUUAUCCUGGAUGAUGUAAUUACUGUACAAAUCGGAGAUGGUAGAUAUAUUCUUCUACUUCUUAGACUUUUAAUGAUGUUACGAAUGCUACGGCUACGAAACGGCUAUAAAUGAUGAUAUCAGACUAAGAUACAAAUAACUAUUUAAAGAUAACUAUGAGAGAAUGUAAAUACACAAAUUAAUACGAGUAUUCUCACUUGAUCAAAAGAAAAAUGUCAAAUUAUGGUCAAAUUCUCUAAAUACUAACUUUAAUAAUGCUUUUCUUAAAGCAAACUGUCCACGUUCACACUUGUAAAUAAAUAAACUUAAAUUUAGAAAGAAAAAAUACAUAAAAGUAAAAUGGGU